AUGCUGCAUGGGACGUUGGGUGCAGAUAUGGCUCCGAGACGUGCUGUUAACGGAGAUAGGGAUGAAGAGGGACGUGAGGAGGUGCGACCCCCUCCAGAUGCCGCUACACGAUUACUUGAAGGAAUGGCUCAAUUAUUUGAACAGUAUGCGGGUAAUGCUAAUAGGGGAGGGCAGCAGGACAUCUACGUGCAGUUUAGGAGAAUGGAUCCUAAAGAUUUCUCAGGUACUACCGAUCCAUUCAUGGCGGAGGGAUGGAUCCGUUCAUUAGAGGUGAUCUUCCGAUAUAUGAAUAUGGCUGAUGCUGAUAGGGUCCGUUAUGCCAUCUAUCUGCUGAAAGAUGACGCUUCCUUAUGGUGGGAGGGAGCUGAAAGAGGGGUUGAUCUAAAAACCUUGACUUGGGAGGAUUUCAAGAGAAUUUUCUAUGAUAAAUACUUUACAGCCGACAUUCGGGGACGACUGAAGAGGGAGUUUAUGAGUCUCCGCCAGAGGGAUUUAACUGUUGCGGAGUUUGUCAAGAAGUUUGAUAGGGGGUGCCAUUUUGUGCCCCUUAUUGCCAACGACGCUGCUGAGAAACUCAGACACUUCUUGGAUGGUCUUAGGCCUACUAUCCGCUGA